AAAUCAUCUCUUUUCAACAAUAACCAACCAACAUCAUCGAAUCUUUUCAUUUCUUGUCUUUCUCACACACUCUCUCCAAUUGUGUCCCUUCUAGUUCCAUCAAGGGUGAAACGCGGCAUAUCCAUAUCUGUGCGGUUCCACUCUUCCUAUCCAUUCGUCAAGCCAUAUAACCGUCCCUCCGUCAUCCUGCAGCCUCCCCCCCAAACCAUCAGACUGCUAAACUCUCAACUCAUCAGCGCCCUAGUUUAAACUUGCAUUGUAUCCAUGUUCAAACGGCGAGCAGUUUAUCUCUAAAAGAGAAGAAGUUAGAAAGCACCUGGGAUAUUAUCUUGAUUAAAAACUCAAUUCACGACCGAAUACACUACUUUCAAAGUGCGACUCGCAUAAUCCUUGUAAAUACAUUCAGCCUGCGCCAGCUAGCCUCGACGUGUCUCGGUCUGGGCUUCAACCACAGCAAUUCUAAGAACCGUAUGCGCAGCUGAAAACAAGAAAUUCAAAGCGGCCAUGAAGUCGCUUAGGAUGAGCAAGGUGUUAGGCACCAUCAGAAAGAAGAAUACUAGUGAUGGUGCCGGUCCCUCUGUUGCUGUUGAAGGCGAUGGCCCUGAAGCUACAGCUGCCCGCUGUGUGAAAUCCUUCUGUGAAUCUAGCUCUAGCAAUGCCGGAGACGAAGUCCUCUACUUGCCUCCGAUCGUCGAUGCUGCCGAGUCGUCCCCCGCCGCCGCCGCAGAAUGUGCUCGUCUAAUUAGAAAAUAUCUGAAGAGAGACUAUUGGACUAAACCCUCGUACCAAUACAAUGCCAUUAUGCUCAUUCGCAUCCUCGCCGACAACCCCGGCCCAACGUUCACGAGAAAUCUUGACCAGAAAUUCGCCGACACUACGAAGGAGCUGCUGAGAUCCGUUCGCGACCUAAGUGUACGCCAGAUGAUGAUGGAAACGUUGGAUUCUUUCGAAAAUACGAAGGCAUAUGAUGAAGGCCUGACCCUUUUGAUAGAGAUGUGGAAGAAGGAGAAAGAUAAAGCGCAGCGGCAAUAUGGUGGACUUAAUCCGCAGCCCCCAGGGCCACGGACACUUAAUGCGCCGCCGCUUAACUCACACUCGCAGAAUUACUUUGCGCGAAGCCAUUCGAACCGCAAACUCCCAAGCCCUAUUGAGUUAGCAAGUAGACUCGAGGAAGCACGGACAUCCGCAAAGUUACUACAACAAGUUGUUACCAACACGCCUCCCGUUGAAGUACUCAGCAAUGACCUGAUAAAGGAGUUUGCUGAUCGCUGCACAAGCGCAAGCCGAAGUAUACAGAUGUACAUGACCGCUGAGGAUCCAGCUCCUGACAAUGACACCAUGGAGAGUCUUAUUGACACCAACGAGCAACUCCAGGCCUCAUUGAGCUUACAUCAAAGAGCCAUGUUAAAUGCGAGAAAAAUUGUUGCUGUCAUGGAUCCUCAGCCUAAUCACCAAGAGCCCGUGAGUCCCGUAGAGUCAGUCCAGAACGGGCUAAGGUCAGAAGCCCCACCUGUCCCAUCUCGCAAACCGAACGGCAAGGGUAAAGAAAGGGAGUACGAACCCGCUGUAGCGGGUCCAUCGAGGACACACACGCCUGCUAUAGAGGAAGAUCCGUUCAGGGAUCCCGAUCCCGAUCAGUCGGGAUCAAAGACUCAUGGGAUUGGCGGCUCAGGAUCUGGCACCGGAGCAUCUUCUAAUUAUAUCGAAGAGCCUCGGUUGGCAUUCGAGCCAUUUCAUCCGGGCUUCGAGACUACACAAGGCUACCUAGGUAGGCAGGAGAGUGCUCUCGGAAAGGAGACGAUGCAUGGGGCCGCAGGGAAUUCUACGUCGAGCGCCCGAGAAUCUCGAGAUGGCGAUGAGAGCAGUGAUAUUUAUGACGUUACGCCUUCGAAGCAGAAGGAGCCGAUAUACCGGUAUUGAUCAAAAUUUGGACUACGUAUACGUCUACUCCCUAGAGCCUAAUGAUUAGGGCGUCUACGAUAGUCCUUGAUUCAAUGAAGUGGCGAGAAUUAUGAUGGGAGAAGCUAUGAAGACCUUCCAUAGGCCUCUAUGUUUAUGUCCAAUUUGUUGAUUUGAACUUCCCCUUUUUCUUUCUAUACGAGAUUCCCCCAAUUCGAGGACUGCGAUUCAUUGUUCCCGCAUGCUUCAAUACCCACUGUUCGCCGAUACGUUCUAUACACCUACCAUCAUGCUAAUAAUAUAUCAUGUUAUAUAUAUGCCGCUAGAU